CAACGCCAAAAUGUCUGCUACGUUAAACUUAGAAGACGCUACAAAAAAUCAACCAACAGUGCGAGGUUGCAAUUGCAACGCUAAAAGGAAGGAGUUUUUUCCUCCAAUUUAAAAAAAGAGUCUGGCGGCUGAACACAUCAGAAUCACUUUGAGCAGACUCCUGAGCUUUUUAAGGGAUAAACACAUGCUUUUGGCAAUUAUUGUCGACGACGAAAGCAUGAACAUCCCCAGCCGCACGCUGCGUGUCCACUGCUCUAUGACAUGGAGCACUGUCUGGCAAACUUUCGGAGAUACUGUGAAGGCCACUGGACUAACCCCAGGAAUGGGCCAACUGUGUGUACGUGGAGGAACAAUGCGGAAAUUUAAAGCGGAGAUGAUAAUGAUUCGCAACUGGAGACUCUUCAGUGUAAGCGGAGAAGAUUUCUUCUUAAGCUUAUUGAAAGUGAAACAACUUAAAGACUUCGAGUUUCGAUGCAGUGUUGCGAUGAAGAAACAGGGGUUUGGUCCUCUUCCUCCUAUUAGGGCAAGUAAAAAACGUUUGCAAAGUUAAAAUAUUUGUAUACUUUCAGGAAGAGCUUCCAGCUUCCGCCUGCGAGGCUGAGCCUUCCUUUGUGUCCGUCGCUGAUCCUGACCACACCUAAACAUAUUCUGGCACCGACCUGCGAUCAGCAUAUGUAAGCGGUCCGUUGCUCCAGCAGCCACAUUUUGUACCAGUACCGCCCCCGUCCGACCACGAGCAGCAGCACCACCAGCAGAUGCAACCGCGACCCCUACAGCAGCAGGUCAGUUACGUCAAUCCAACUUGCCACCCAAUUCCGUUAAAGGAAUAAAACCUUUUAUCCAUAUUUAGUACGAACCUAAUUGAAAUAAUAUAUUUCCUACCUUUAGUCAUUACCCAACAAUAAAUGACCGUAAAUAUCUGAAGGUGAAUAAGUGGUCAGAAAAAGUACAUGAGUAAACAAUUAUCAAUUAUCAAUUAUUUAAGCCCUUUUUUAAAAUUUUCAAGUCUGUAAAUCUGCGCAAUUUACCAAAAGACAACGAUAUUAAACAUUUCUCCUCACUCGCUCGCCAAACUCUCCGUACUCUUUGUUACUAGGCGAGCUACAGCCAGAGUAACUUUUGGUUUCAAUUGCAAAAAUAUUUCAAAAUUGGGCGCUAAUUUGUAACAGUUAAUGACGAGCAUAUUAUUUCGAUUUUGGUGAAAUUCCAAACCCUCUCACAACUCGAUUUGACGUUAAUCAACGCCAUCAAGCCAUUCAAGCGAUCACUAGACAGCAAUUACCAUGCAAUUACUGGAAAUUUGGGCUAAUCCUGAUCAUGAAUUAGUUCAUCAGCUGGUUACUAUUGAGUUCAAAUAAAUCACUUGUUCUGUGGCAAUCGAAUGGGUGGCGCUGGCGGAAAACUUCUUGGACUGCUGCUGUGUUUGCUAUUUCUAACAGAGUUGCAUGGAGUCUUCAUGAGGUUCACCAAUGUAACCUGCGAGAGCAAGGACCUCAGCAUGAGUAUCGUGGAGUACUGUGCGGUUACUACGCUGAGCAAGAAUAAAAACAGCAUUAGCCUUCGGUACGCUAUGCUCAAGCCUAUGUUUACAAAUAUAGAGAUCUACUUUCAGCUGAUGACCAGGGGCAGUGAGAGUAUCCACGCGGCUUCAAACUGGCAGCCCUUCCUCCAUACGAUGAAACUUGAUUUGUGUCGAUUCUGGAAAAACCACCACAACCAUUUGGCCAGAAUGGUGUUUGAAUUCAUCGAUGGGCACACAAACAUGAACCACACUUGCCCCUAUACCAAAGAAAAAUACAUUUCCAUUGAUGAUUUGACAAAUACCGAAGUCUCCGCCAAGAUCCGUGGAGUGCCAAUGCCAAAGGGUUUCUACGCCUUGUUCACCACGUGGUCCACUGAAAACAUAACUCGAGUUGUGACCAACUUUUACUUUGAAGUUAUAAGCCCUUGAUGUGUUUUUUAAUUGUAUACAACUGAAAAAAUGAUGAGAAACAAGAUCGAAAUGGUGUGUUCUAUGGUUCUUACGAACUGAAAUUAGAAUAUUUGAAAAAUGUCUAUUGGUUUGGUAAUGAUAAUGGAGAAAAAAGCUUAAUAAAUAGAUUUUGGUUAAAGAGU